AUGCAGGAGCUGGUCUACAAUUUCGUUUACGGAGGUGAAUCAAAUCCUUCGCAAAAUCAGUACCAAAACUCUUCAGAAGUUUUAUGCAGCACACCACAGGAGCAUAUGGCCUACCAUGUUACGGAGUUGCAAACUGUAUCCCAGGAAUAUUCAAAUCCCACCUCUGUUGCCUCCUAUCUAAGCAAUUUCUCCGAUGAAACUCUUCACUAG